UCCACUAGAAGAGUUUUAAAAGAAGUCGCCAUUACACAAAACGACCAUCGACGAUAUUGACGUACGCCUACUCUUCAGGCACCGUUUUUUAUCUAUUUAUUAAUAGAAAUAUCGCGAAUUAAAUAAAUUGUUUUAUUAUAACACGUUUUGAAACCGUGAACGCGGUUAUGUGUGUGGAAUUAAUUGGAAAAAUAGUUAAAACAAGUUAUGUGUGACAUUUUAAAUGUAUUUAUACAAUACAUAACCUAUAAGUCAUUCUGAAGCCGUUUUGCUUGCAGUAACAUUGAAUUAUUUGAAGAUUUAUUUUGAUAUUGUUAAAGAGUGGACCAUGCUGUAAAAUGUGAAUACCAGUUAUGCAAGAAAGCGCCCUCAUUGGGGCAGAGGUCCCUGUAACAAUCGACCAAGCUCAAUUUGAAGCUGAUAAACGAGCGGUUUACAAACAUCCUUUGUUUCCACUAUUGGCUUUGUUGCUGGAACGUUGUGAACAAGCCACACAAGGCUGCACAUCUCAGCAAUCCAAUAAUGAAGACCGAACGCCCACACCAUGUGAAGAUAGUUUUUCUAGAGAUUUACAGGCAUUUGUACAGUUGCAGCAAAGAGAGAGGAGGCCUUUACUGAUCGAUGAGCCUGAAUUAGAUGGUCUUAUGAUCAAAGCUCUACAAGUCCUCCGAAUACACUUACUAGAAUUAGAAAAAGUUCAAGAAUUAUGUCGAGAUUUUUGCAGCCGAUAUAUUGCCUGCCUACGAGGCAAAAUGCAGUCAGAAAACUUGCUACGAGCCGAUUAUAAUGGCGGAAUGGGUCCUCUUGAGCAUAACAACAACGUUGGAAGUUCAAAUUCAAAUAGUCCUACACAAUUAAAUAAUAGUCCAUCACAGUCAUUGAAUGCACCUAGUCACACUUAUACGGAAGAGAACGCGUUCAAUUAUGUUCCUACAAACUGCUCUGAUCAAAAUAAUAGAUAUGCUAAUUCAGAACCAGAUUAUAAUAAUGUUGUGCCAAAUCCAGGUGCUGCUUACAUGGAAAACUCUACCAGUCCAGCCUUACAAGCGUCAGGAUCUGAUAGUGCUGGCAUAGUUUUGGGGACUACACCUAUUGGCCAAAUUGGUGCUGGGCUUAUGCCACCAGGAGCAGACGCUUACUCAGGUCAACUGUCACCAAUGCCCAGUACAGAUGAUCAGGAGAGUGGUGGUGAGAGUGUGAGUGGAACAAGUGCCAGACGUCAAAAGCGAGGAGUUUUACCUAAGCAAGCCACUAGUGUAAUGAGAGCUUGGCUAUUCCAACACCUUGUUCAUCCUUAUCCAACAGAAGAUGAAAAGCGAAAUAUAGCUGCUCAAACAAAUUUGACACUAUUACAAGUUAAUAAUUGGUUUAUCAAUGCGAGAAGAAGAAUUUUGCAACCUAUGCUUGAAGCUACUGAUGGUCAGUCACCAAGAGCUGAUUCAGCUCAGACUUCAUCAGUUUCUCAACGCAAGAAGGCUGGUUCAGCAAAACGCUUUUGGCCUGAUAAUCUUAGUGGAAUGUUAGACCAGAGAAUAGAUCCUAGUGCUCUGAGUAGCAGUUCUGAUGAGGAAGACAGCCAGGAUAGUCUGGUUAUUGAUAGAUCUCAAAACAGUAUACCUACUGAAAAUAACCAUUGAAUUGUGGUAUGAUAAUUAUUAUUAACAUACUUGCUAGCGCCACAAAAUUUAAAAGUUCAUUUUAUAUUUAUUUCUGUUUGAGGAAUUUCAGUU